AAUGCGGCGUCCUAGCAAAACAGCUGACUAGCAACAGCAAAGGAAAAAAGUGCAGUUGACGCGCAUGAGCCGUUACCUAGGAGACGUUACUGUGUUGGCAACACGCACAACGCCACCGAAAAUGUCCGCGUGCGCAAUUUUAUCAGCCAGUGACAAAGUAAAGCUUAAGAAGGAAACAUGCAUGUGAUGAGGCCAAAAUCUGCCAAAGGACGUACCAGACCCAAAGUGACCGACGCCUAUACUGCACACGAUGAGCUUCUACAUGAGACACGGCCAUUUUCUCCCCACCCUCCUUCUCGUCCUCCUCAUCCUCCAUCGACGCCAAACCACAGGUUCGACUCAUCUCCGUCCCCCCACACUUUCUUUAGGCACAGUAAUCCGAUUUCAGAGGUUGAGAAAGCCCUCGACAUCUCAGUGCUGUCUCUAAAUAAAUACAAAGUCCUCCCGUCUAUUGAGAAGAGAUCAGAAGAAGAGGCAUCCAGCGCAGACAUGGAGGAAAAGUCCUCGAGAUCUAGGCUCCAUGCUCGUCAUUACUUUAGGGAAAUGGAGAGGGCGUCCAGCGGGACUGUCAGGACCACGUCUCGGUGCCAGGAGGGUGAGACAGGGCUUCUGCUUGCUCUCCGGACUCCAUGCGGUCAGAGGUUGAAGUGCCAGUUCCAGUCCACGGACACGCUCCGGGAUGUCAUUGCUACAGCGGAGGACAAAUCCGGAAAACGGUACGAACACGUUCUAAUCGAGACCAUGGAGGUUCCUCGGAGGAGCUUCACCGAUCUGGACAUGACUCUCUGUCAGUGUGGCAUCGUUAAUAAAUCAGUCUUAUGCAUCAGUCCCAAAGACAGUCCUUAA